AAUGCAUACAUGCAUUAUAUGUAUGUAGAUACAUAUGUAUGUGUAAAAACAUGCAUAAGUAAAUUGCAUUCGUUUAGAUUUAAAAGAGGUUAAAGAUAUAAGCAAAAAUAUGAGCUGAAGUUACAUACAUAUGUACGUUUUACGAAGUGCAAAACUUUGCGUCCUGGGUAGCAUUAUCUGCAUGAUACAUAUAUGAACAUAUGUGCAUACACAUGUACAUAUAUGUAUAUGCAAGGAAUAUGUAUUUUCAAAGUUAUUGAAUGCAAGAACCUUUUUAUCUGUUAAUUUUUCUUUAAGAAGAUAUUUUUAUCCACAUCAAUAUUACCUCUCACACCGACACUCCGUUAAAGCUCGUUCUCCACCAGAAACACAGCCCCCUCUGAGGGCGCGAGGUAGAGUGUGCGAUCGAGGAAGAGAAUAGGCUGGUAGCAGCAGUGCUUAAGGAGUGAAUUUCUUUAUUCUAGUUAUAAUAUUGAUUCAAUCUGAUCAUUUGUUCAUUCUCUAUGGAACUGCGUUUUUGGUGUUAUUUUAUUUAUAAAGUUGUGAAUGCCACAGAUUUUCGUCUUUACGAGUUAAGGGGUACAUGAGAUUUGUCGUCGAAGGAUGUAACACACAGCAACUGUCCGACCCCAUAAAGAAUAUAUAUUACUGAUCAGCAUUGAUAGCCAUGUCCAUAUAGAAAUGUCUGUCCAUCCGUCCGUAUGUCCGUCUGUUUGUCCUUCCGGCCGCCCGUCUGUCUGUAUCGAUGAGGGCCUAAUUCUCAAAGGCAAUCAGAGCUUUUACACUGGUGCAAGUGUAUUUUCAAAAAUAGUACUGACUGCGUGCCGGGUAUAAAAGUAGUGACGCAUCUUAGCGAGUCCCACAACGUUUCUCCUCGUUAUUCCCUGUGCUCGAAGAUUUAAGGGCUAUAUUAGAUUUGUGGUCGAAGUAUUUAGCACACAGAAGAAAGCGUUUAAGCCCCUACAAAGUAUAUAUGUAUGUAUAUAUCUUUGAUCAGCAUCAAUAGCCGAGUCUAUUUCUGUCUGUCCGUCUGUAUGUCUGUCUGUCUUUCUGUCUGUCUGCCUGUCUGUCUGUCCGUCUUCCAUAAGAGCAUGACCAAUCAAGCUUUAAAUCCACAAUGCUGUGAUAACAUACUGUCACAAGUGUAUUUCAAAAUUCACAAUUCAAAAUUCUGUGGUAUGCACAAAUAUAAAGAUAAGAGAAAACAAAAAACGCACUAUCUUGGAGAAUGGCCAUAUCUAUCAGAUUCCCGAGUUAGGAACAGAUUGGAUUAAACCCAGAAUGAAAAAAUUAAUUUAAAGUGGCUAUCACCCACCAACACAAACAACACGGUCCAUGCUUGGACAUUCUUGGACAUUCAUUGACUGCUUGAUAUUUGGACAUAUGUACUUACAUCCAAGUGGACACUACUGUACAUGGUGUCCCAUGGUGGGACCCAUCUGCAAACACAUCGACGCCCCUAGACCGCCUUCUAAUGAGCUCAUCUGAAAACCGCAAGCAAUUUCGAAGUGGAAAUUGAUCGUCGCCACGCUCUCCUCGCUGUCUUCGUGCGCACUACAGAUUAACAAAUAUGCUCCGGAUACAUGAUGAGGAUUUUUCUAAGGACAUUAAAGAUUCUAGUCAUGAGGGAGCCGCCCAACAAGAGGAACAAGAGGAUAGAGAGAGAAGAUACCAUAUUUCUGUCCCAGAUAUUUGUACAGAAAGCGUUAAGAAUGCUUGCUUUCAACAAUCCGGAUUUUUAAACAAUACAAUAUCAUUUGCUUCUCAUGUCGUAAAGUGUAGCUCUCCAUUAUCGAGCUUUGAUGAAUCCAUAUCUGCUGGUCAGCUUGCAACACAUUCCCGAAUGCAUAUAUCCCAAGGCCAACACACAAUGACCCCUAUUUCGGAACAUAGUUUUUACAAUGUGCCUGAAUAUAUUUCGGAGCAGGAAAAACAUAUUUUUUCAGAUUCUGAGCGCUUCUUAAGGUCAAAAGAUAAAGAUUUAUGCAAUAAUGAAAAUGAUUAUGUGCACGAUGAAUUUACCAUGAGGAAAUACUAUCACCCUCUCUUUGCUCACGGUGUUUGCCGGUGGCCCGGUUGCGAAAUGGACUUAGAAGACAUCACAUCAUUUGUAAAGCAUCUUAAUACGGAACAUGGAUUGGAUGACCGGUCAACGGCUCAAGCUCGUGUACAAAUGCAAGUUGUUUCUCAAUUGGAAUCUCACCUGCAAAAAGAAAGGGAUCGCCUACAAGCUAUGAUGCACCACUUGUAUCUGUCGAAGCAACUUUUAUCGCCGACAAAGUCGGAUCGAAAGGAUACUUCCGGAAAGGAUGGAAAUUAUUGCAGAAUGACGAGUCCACUUACAAUGGCCAGCUUAGGUCGCACAAUUCGACAAUCAAAUUCUCCGAGCUCUAUUAAUCUUCCAAUGGUUAAUUCAUCAAACUUGUGCACAAUCAAGAAAAGAAGUAUGGAUAAAACAGCUUUUUCAAUAAAUGGUGGCUUGCCAUAUAUGCUAGAGAGAGCUGGACUUGAUGUUCAACAAGAAAUACAGAGAAACAGAGAAUUCUACAAGAAUGCGGAUGUACGACCUCCCUUUACAUAUGCUUCUCUCAUUAGACAGGCCAUCAUUGAUUCGCCAGACAAGCAGUUAACACUGAACGAAAUUUAUAACUGGUUUCAAAAUACCUUUUGUUACUUUCGUCGAAACGCAGCUACUUGGAAGAAUGCGAUACGUACCAAUCUAUCGCUACACAAAUGUUUUGUCCGAUAUGAAGAUGACUUUGGCUCUUUUUGGAUGGUCGACGAUAACGAGUUUGUUAAGAGGCGCCACUUAUCGCGAGGACGACCUCGGAAAUAUGAGCCGUCGUCUUCGCCUAGCUCCUGCCAAUCUGGCAAUGGCUUGUCCACUGACAAAAAUCACUGCGAUAACUGCCCUCAGAGUUUUGCAACCCAUACCGGCAGUUCCGAAACAGAAAUGAACCAAUUGAGCAGUGUUCCGUUUUGUGGUAUUGAUGCUUUAAGUAAAACACCAACACAUUUUACAAGUAUGGAUACGGUCGUAAAUGAUAACAGCCAUAUAAAUAUGGGUGAUUACUUACCCAAAAUAUAUGAAAAUAACGCUAGUGUGGCUAAUAGAUCAAUUUAAAUGUACACACUUAAAUGCACUUUCAUCUUAAAAAUUAAAGGUUCGGGUUCGGAAAUGAUACUUGUAUAUUUUUUAGUCUAAUU